AUAAAAAAGUUUAUGGGGUCAAAAUUGAAAAUACGAAACUCAUAAUUAUUUCGUUUUCAGUUCAUGCCUGCUAAAAUCUCGAACUGGGGAGGCAAAGAAGAGGAAGGGGAGGAGAAAGAAAAAAAGGAAGAUGCAGCAGAGAAAAUCAGGGAGGCCAUCUGGAACCGAUGGCUCUGAUUUCUCAUAUCGAAUGGUUGUUGAUUCCCGCUAUACAAAGGUAGCCAAAGGGAAGUCUCGUCUAUCUGCGCUGAUAUCAACUCAGGCCGUCAUUCAGUUGAUAGGACUACUAAAUGCUGUUUUAUCAAUACCAAAAGAGAAAGGUCCCGAUACACUUGCGAUUUCAUCUUCUGUCAUUGGGUUGAUCUCUCUUCUAAUUGGGGAAUUCGGCCGAAGACGCAGUAGGGUAAGUUUCUUGAGAGUUUACAUCAUUACAUCAACUAUUGCAACCCUUCUCUCACUGUUUUGUGCCGUUAGCAGCAAUUCAAUGUUAGAGGUUAUUUGGAAGUUGAAUGAUUUAGAAAGAAAGAAGUUCGAACUUAUCAACUCUCUUCUGCUUCUGCUCGGUUUAUUUGUGCAGAUAUUUACUAUUAGCACUGUAGUUUCUUUAAUUGGUAAUAUGUCUCCUCCCAAGAAAGCUUCUUAACGAUUCCCUGUAACACCAAAAAUACUCCCAGAGUUAGAGGAUAAUACAGCAAUACUUUUUUGACUUGCUUUAUGGUUUCAAAUCACUUCAAUAACUUUUCUGCAUUUGACAUUUUGUAGAAAGUUUGAUUUCCUAAAUUGUUGGAUGAAAAUCCUAAUUGAUCAGAAAAUUUUGAGUUUUUAGAUGUCUUAUGUCAGACUAGACAAACUAUUAACUGGUCAAAAUGAAGGUUGAUUUUUUCCUUU